AUGAAGGCAGUAGACGAUGUCCACGCACUGACCAGCGGCGCCCCCGCCUCCACCCCCCGACUCCCAGAACAAUCUGGGGACACAGAAGCGUGUAACCGGAGCCACGUAGUAGGAGGUCCAGGGUCACCUGAUCCUCACGGCGAGCGGCAGCACUCACCUGCUCAGGUGUCUCUUACCAGAGAGGAGGCACGGCAGGAGGGAAGAAGAAGAGGAGGAGGAGGAAGGCUGGCCAGAGGAUCAGAGGGGCAGAGGGAGUCGGAGGAGGGAGGAUAUGGUCUUGGACGGCCCCCGGGUGAUCCUGACGCCAACGCCGCCGCCACAGACACGACUCUAAAAGAACCAAAGGAGGAGACAGUGGAGCAACCAGACCCGUCCAAGAUCGAGGUGGUCUCUGUGACGGAGGACGACCUCCCCUUGGUGGAGACGCCCAACACCCUGAACGUCAGCCCAUUGGACAGCUUUGCCACCGAGUCCAUUGCCGAGAAACCCGAAGAACCACCCGUUCAGACGCCAGCAAAGCCCGCCCCCAGCCCGGGGAUGCCCGUCACCAAAGUCCAGCCUUUUCUCAAUGAGGACGACUUAAAGAAAAGCUUUAAAGACCGGCUGUGGGCCCAUCGCAUCGAGCUGCUGAUCUCUGUUUCUGUGGUGAUCGCGCUCAUUCUGGUUCUGGGCAUCGGCCUCGGAGUGGGUCUGAGCUGCGUGGGGAAGUUUCGUUGUGGUUUGUCGUCGAAGUGCAUCCCGUCUUCAGCUCAGUGUGACGGGAAGUUUCAAUGUGACAACGGAGAGGACGAACUGGGCUGUGUGCGUCUCAGUGGGCGGAGCUCCGUCCUCCAGGUGCAGAGGGGCGGGGUCUGGCUGACGGUGUGUUCUGAGGACUGGACUAACUGGCUGGGUGAAUCCGCCUGCAGACAGCUGGGAUACUCCAGAUACGUGGAGUCGUUCUUCGUUCCUAUGUCGUCCAUCGAACUGGAGUUCCGGUCCAACCUGGUGUCCAUUGACUCGGGACAGAACCACUCGGUCAAACUCUACAAUGCCACAACAAUCAGUAAAAGUCAGUGCAACUCGGGGAAGGUGACCACUCUGAAAUGUUUGGAAUGCGGUUCUCGGCCUCGAUUCACCACUCGCAUCGUGGGAGGAAACCUGUCGAGGCCGGGUCAGUUUCCGUGGCAGGUCAGUCUCCACAUUGGAGGAGAGCAUCUGUGUGGAGGAUCCAUCAUCACGUCCCGUUGGAUCGUCACCGCCGCCCACUGCAUGGAAGGGUUCGCUGACCCAUCCAUCUGGGGCGUCCACGUGGGUCUGACGGAGCUGCCAGCCCACUUGGCCCAGUCCCUGAGCGUGGAGCAGAUCCUCUACCACGCCAAGUACCGCCGCAGCAAACUGGACUACGACAUCGCUCUGAUCAAACUCAAAACGCCGCUGGUUUUCAACGGCCUGAUACAACCCAUCUGUUUACCCAACCACGGGGAGCAGUUUGAGGAGGGAACCAUGUGCUGGAUCUCUGGAUGGGGGUCGACAGAUGAUGGAGGUGAGUCCAGUAUCGUCCUCCGUUCGGCCAUGGUUCCUCUUCUGUCCACUAAGACCUGCAGUCAACCCGACGUCUACCCAGGACUCAUCUCCCCAUGGAUGAUCUGCGCCGGAUACCUGGGGGGAGGGAUCGACUCCUGCCAGGGUGACAGCGGCGGUCCUCUGGCCUGUGAAGACUCGUCCACGUGGAAGCUCGUCGGCGCCACCAGCUGGGGAAUCGGCUGCGGUGACAGAAACAGACCUGGCGUUUACACCAGAAUCACACAAUCCCUGAACUGGAUCCGACAGCAGAUGGGGAGGGAGGACGUCCUUGGGUCUCAGACCCCCAGAUCAGACACCUUCAUCCAGUUUGGACUCGGUUUGGACCGGGAGACUCCGCCCCCACAGCGGUCUCAGAUCCAGAAUGAAGAGACAGAGCUCGGUCAGAGUUAGGCAUCG